AUGACGCCCACCGGGAUGUACUACACGGCCAGCGGAGACGUCAGCUCCCAGGUGUCCGGCACCGAGUCUGUGGUGGCCGCCCUCACAUUAUCAGCCGGAGCAGGACCCGACGCCUCUUACCUCCUGUCCUGGGACUUCGACCUCCAGCAACCUCUCUCCAGUGAUUACAGAAGUGGUGGUGCGGGAGGCGGUGUUGAUGGAGGAGGAGGUUGUUUGUUACUUAACCUGGAGACCUUACUGAGGACCAACACGCCUCCUACUGGUGAGGUGAAGCUUAACAUCAAGGUCAAAAGGACCCUCCAGCCGCCCCCUGAAGGAGACCACCAAGUUACCUCUUACACCAGCGACGUGACAACUACUGAUAUCCGACUGAUAACUGAGACAGUACCUGAGUUGGGUCGGGUGCACGGGAUACUGACGAGGUCGGUGGACACUUACUCCCUCAACGGUCGCAUGUGGUCGGGGCAGAGGGCGGUGGGCGUGGAGUCGUACGGCGUGGCCAGGAAUGACUCCCUCAAGAGCUCUCAUUUGCUGACCCUGGUGGACCCCUCCUUCCCCUGGGCCAGACUUAAGCUGGCCCUCGACACAGACCACAUCGGCACCUUCCCAGACAACUUCCAGACAUCUUUGAGCAGUAAGGUGAGUGUGGGGCUGGUGGAGGAGGCGGGGCAGGUGAGGGCUCUGGUACAGUGGACGCCGGCCACCUCAGCCUUCAACCUCGCCCUCGCCACCUACCUCACCACACUCCCUGGAGGCAACAUCUUCCUCAAGUGGUCGGACGGCACAGUGCAGGGACAUGUGGCGUGGGCGUUGAUCAAGGGCGUGGCGGGUGUCCAGUGGAGGGAGGGAGGCAGAGCUCUGGAGGUGGCGCUCAACUACCACAACCCCGGUGCCACUCUACACCACAUCGACUCUACCAUGACCUUCACUAUCUCUCAGGCGCCGUACCCUCCUGUGUCGCUGGUGUUGGUUGGCCGAGUCAGUAUCAACACCCACCAUCAUUAUGUCCUCAACGUCGACUGUCGCUCAGAGCAGGAUCAGUAUCUAGUGACGGGGGCGCUGGUUCGUCCAGGGGCGUCGGGGUCACUCAGGUGCAGCUACGACAGGGCGGGGGACACCUACGGCUUCCUCGGGGUAAUAGUGCUAGACGGCUUCUCUCUCCAGGUCACCGGAGCCUUCACGGCUGUGGACGCUGGGGAGGAGGUGUCGGUCACCCUCAACAGUUCGCUACUGAAGGACCCCAGAGGCUACAGCAUCAGGGUGUACAGGAAGAAGGAGUCAGGCAAGAUGGAGAUAGCUGCCUUCUACUCCCAGGGCGGAGGUUCCCCUAAUUGGUUCUACAGUUACAGGCUACUGACGGAGAUACAGCGGGACAUCAAGCAAAAGGUGAGGUACCUGAAGGCUGAGGACCGCUUCACCUACCACCUCCUCCAGCAGAUCCUCUACGACUACACCUUCGUCGUCGUCAUCGUCCAUAACAGCUUCGAUGAGGUGGAGCUGGAGGCGGAGUUCCCAGAUCUGUGGCCGGAGGUGAAGGUGACUGGCACGGUGGUGAAGGGGUAGGACUCCCAGCUGGACCUGAUCGUCAAGACGCCCUCCCUAACACACCUGGCGUAUGGUCGACUCAUCUUCAGUAAGUCCAUAAGUUGGUUU